AUGGCCCAUCAUGCUGAUUUUACCAAUUUCCAGUCUAAUGAUAGGAAAGAAUCAUUAGAAUUGCUACUUCAACAUUAUGAAGCUCUCAGCUCUGAACAAGACAAUUGGGUUGCCAAUUUAUCCAAUGCAUCGUCGUUGAUUUGGUAUGCCUACCACUCGCUUAAUGUUCCAGUUAAUUGGUCUGGUUUCUACAUAACUGCUAGUGAAGGUCAAUUGCUAUUGGGACCAUUCCAGGGUAAGGUCGCCUGUCAAUCCAUUGAAUUUGGCAGAGGUGUUUGUGGUAAAGCUGCAUCUGACCAAGUUACACAAGUGGUGCCUGAUGUCAACAAGCAUCCUGACCACAUUGCAUGUGAUGGAGAAACAAAGAGCGAAAUCGUUGUCCCUAUCGUAAAAGAAGGCAAGACACUAGGUGUUAUAGAUAUCGACUGUCUUGACCUAGAAGGAUUCGGCGAAACCGAUAAGCAAGCCUUGGAAAGACUAGCGGAAUUAAUAGUUAAAACAUGCAAGUUCUAA